AUGGCGACAGCACAGGUAUCGGAGAACGUCAUUACCAUCAAGGGUUCAACGGAGAUCGUUACCGAGUUCUUCUCGUACAGUAUCAACACCAUUUUGUACCAGCGUGGCAUAUACCCAGCCGAAAGCUUCAAGCAGACUCAGAAGUAUGGGCUGAAUAUGCUGGUGACGGACGACGAGAAACUCAACGACUUCUUCGCCAACUUCCUCCAGCAGCUGUCAAGUUGGCUCUUGAAAGGCGAAGUGCAGAAGCUGGUGCUGGUCAUCACUGGGAUCGAGACGCAGGAAGUCGUCGAGCGAUGGGCGUUCGAAGUCCAUGCGGAGAAUGGCGGCACGAGCGGCAGUGCGACUAUGUCCAAGUCCAAGAAGGAGAUCAUGGCUGAGAUCCAAGCAAUCAUCCGGCAGAUCACAGCGAGUGUGUCGUUCUUACCUCUUUUGGAAGAGCAGUGUGCGUUUGAUCUGUUGGUGUACACGGACAAGAACUCUGAGGUGCCGCCCAUGUGGGAAGAGUCGGACCCUCGCUACAUCAAAGACUCGGCGGAAGUGCGCUUGCGGUCGUUUUCCACAAAGGUGCACAAGGUCGAGGCUAUGGUAGCCUACAAGAAUCCCGAAGCGGACAUCUAA